CAUUCCACUUCUCCCUCUUAAUUCACCUCUCUCCCUCUCUUUUCUUGGCGUCAGUUUGAUGGAGUAUCUUUUCAUUUCUUUGGUUCUCAGCAACAGCCUAUCCCACACGCUUAUGCACACUUACUAUCCUAGUGUCCGGUGUCUAGUGUUUUGUGUCUAGUGUGUGAGUGUGUGAAAGAGACCCUGCCUAUAGCUGCUGAUACCCUGGAUUUUUAAGAUCGUUCGUUUCGAGGCUCUGAGUUUGACGGCCACCCCCAGCAGCUACGGGUCCAGAGACUCCAUCAUCAGCUGGAAGAGGGAGAAAGACAAGUAGCGAGAGAGCUGGGCUCCAGAGCGCACCAGCACUGGCAGCUGGGGGAAGAAGCGUUCUUCUCUGGGGCUGAACGAAGGUGCGAGCAUGCGCUGCUCCACCCUCCUGUGUAUCCUGGCGGGGGUGCUGCUGUACCUAGUGCUGGGGGCUGUGGUGUUCCAGGCCCUGGAGGCUCCUCGUGAGCAGGACCAGCACACGCAGCUGCAGGACACACGCAGAUCGUUCCUGGAGAACUACACCUGCGUCAGCCCAGACAUCCUGCAGGCUCUCAUAGAGGAAGUGGCAGAUGCCGUGGGAACGGGGGUGGAUCCUAGCAGCAACUCCUCUACUUUCACCAGCCAAUGGGACUUGGCUAGUGCCUUCUUCUUCUCUGGGACCAUCAUCACCACCAUCGGUUUUGGGAACAUCUCCCCGAAGACAGAAUGGGGGCAGCUGUUCUGUAUCUUCUAUGCCCUGGUGGGGAUCCCUCUGUUUGGUAUCCUGCUGGCUGGAGUUGGAGACCAUCUGGGGACUGGGCUGAGGAAGGCCAUCCUCAAAAUAGAGUUCAUCUUAGCGGUGAUACACUCAACAGUAGCUGUUUGGCUGAACGUGUUUCCUCUGUCUUUUUCAGUCUAUCAGUAUUUCAGUCUCUUAAUUUCUUUCAUUCCUCUUUUUCAUGUUUUCCUCUCUCUCCCUCAGAAAUGGAAGGUCAGUCCUACUAUUGUUCGUGUCAUCUCAGCUGUCCUCUCCAUCCUGUUGGGGGUAGCCAUUUUUGUUGCUGUGCCAACGCUGGUGUUUCAGGAGGUGGAGAAAUGGACUCUCCUGGAGGCUUCCUACUUUGUUGUUAUCACUCUGACUACAGUGGGCUUUGGAGACUAUGUUGCAGGUGAUAGCGGAGAUGGUGGGAAAGACCACUGGUACAAGCCUCUGGUGUGGUUCUGGAUCCUGCUGGGCCUGGCCUACUUUGCCUCUAUCCUGUCCAUGAUUGCAAACUGGCUUCGGGUCCUGUCCAAGAAGACCAGGGCUGAGAUGGAGGAGCUCAGAGCCCGUACCACUGACUGGGGUCAGAACAUCCAGAACAUGUCCGUGGACUUCCGCAUGCCAGACGACCCCUUCAAACGACGCAGGCGAAAGCAUCGCCAUGGUCCUCGCAGCCGGGGCCAUGGGGCGGGUCAUGUGUCUGGGACCAGGGCCCCUGGGGAGGGGGACAGGGUGACGGGGAAUGGCCAGCUGAACAGCCAAUCAGAGACUGGAUCGUCCUCAUACUCUUACUCCUCCAACGAUUCCGAGUCGGGGUCAGGGUCUGAGACAGGGUCAGAGGCCACACAGUCGGAGCGGGUAGUAGAGGGUAAAGAGAAGGAUGUCGAUAAGGAGAACGCCUUCCCAGAAGCCCUGUAUUCCCAGCCUCUGGACUACUUUGGAGAGAAUCUGGCAUACAUUGAUGAGUCCUCAGACGCAGUGAGUGGGAAAUUACAUUUGGAUCCCCUAUUGGAUUCAGCACAGCCCAUCUCUGCACGCUCACGGAAGCCCAAGAGGAGACGGCCCAGAAGACCACCCCCAGAGAAGAUCCCCAAAAUCAGCCCUACCAAGCCUGAGAAGAAAGAGCCAAAUGGAGACAUACCCCCUGAAAAUCCCCCGCCCCCUCCACCAAAGGAUGGAUGAACCAAAUGCUCAAGCGUGAGUUUGUAUGUCAGGUAAAUGAACAGGAACUCUACUGGUAGCAGCCAAAUUCUCCCCUUGGGAGAGCUUAACGAUCUGACUAACCGGGGGGGUUUGUUUCCAGAGCAUGUUGAAAGUGGAUGGAAGGGAAGAAAAAGAAGGAGUGUUGUGAGAAGAACUGAACCUGAUUGAUAUGUUUUAUUCACUGCACUGUUCAUGUUUUCUAAACAUAGUUUGAGUGUGUGUAUGUCGUAAUAUGCCUGAUUCUAAUAUGGACUAGGCCUUGAUGUAAUUGUAAAGUGACUUAUUCAAAUAAUCCUAACAAAACUUAAUCACCGUCACCACACUGACCUGACCUGAGGUUGCCUUGGUAGGGUUUUAAUAACGUUUUAACGUGCCCCUCUCACCCAUGUUUGUUUGAGCGCUCCCUACUGGGCAAUCAUGGAACUGCACAGCCCUGUUUCCUCUGGAUAGAAUCUGCAGUGAAGCACAUCAACACAAAGGGUUUCUAAUUCUGAAUCAAUCCCUAUUGCUUUAGUCUUUACGGAAAAAAAGCCUUACGACAAUAACUCUACCAUGAUGAAUUUGCCCCAAAUGUCUGGAGACCAAACUUUAGUAAACAAAGCUUUUGGUCUAUAAUAGGACAAUUCAAGGCAGGAGUAAAUCCUGUCUCUGCCAAUAACCACAUCAGGUCUUGCAUGACCUAGCCUAAGUAUUACAGUACUGACUUUACUCAUGUGUGCACUGUGUACAGCAUAUGCCAUUGUAUAAAUUGUUCUGAGUAUUAUUCUUCAAAUGUUUUGCACAAAACUGUCAUGUAAA